AUGGGCCGCGACAUGCGCAUUGUCAAGAACGCGCAGGAGUCUCUGUACACCGAAGAAGACGCAAUCAACAUUGCGAACGGAUUCGAGGAUAUUUUAUCCGAGUUUUCGCAGGACCUGAGCUUACCUGUUGGUGACGAGUGGAAUUUUCGACAUGAAUUGUCGCACGCAGCUUUGAGGGCCGGCCUCGGCCAGUCAUCUGAUGCUACUACAGGACCGAGUUUCGACUGGAACUCGAACAAAACAUUGAUUUAUAUGUUUCAUGACACUGUUGCCGCUUUUGCGCAAAACACGUCGAUUCUAGAUGGCCAAGUCAAUUCUUUGACAUACAAAGAUCUGGCCAAGUGCAUUGCCAGUCGUGCCGCCGACUUGGCGGACAAUGGUUAUACCUUCUAG